GUGCAGCUGCUUAGUUGGCCAGCGGGCCUAAGCAAUAAGGCCAGGAUUUUACAAGAGACGUAGAAGAAGAGAUGGUAGGCUUUGGAGCGUUAUGGGGUACUCGCGUAUUACAGAUAGUGAGGAGGAACGACUCGCCGGGGUUGCUAUGGAAGAAGAUAAAGCUCACGACCACCCGCAAGAACAACGCAAAGAAGCGGCUUCGCCGCGUCUGGCAGAAUGAGGCUGUCUUGCGGGCUUGUGCUGAAGAACCAGCUCCCAAUACUUCGUCCGGUACUACUUCCAGUCUGAAGAGCAGUGGACAGUAAUGGCCUACAAAGAUGCGAAUCAAGAAGUAUUUUGUUCUUGAAUAAUUGACAUUUUAUUAUGAUCGAUCGGAUGCCAAAUUAUUUUUGUAGAUUUUAACUUAAAGGUUUAGUUUAUGAUGUCUUCAUUCUGUAAGCCUAUUCAUUGGAAAAAUUAUUCAGUGCGGAAGCAGAACUCGUCCGGAUACUUAAGCAUGCAGCUCGGUACCGUGGUGCCGCCGCUUGGUGUCGCUGACGUGGCUCAUUCUGAUUGGUAUCCGUCGUGUUCGGUGUCAUCACAGAAUAAUCUCUCCUAUUCAUGUAAUAUGUGUAUGAAGUUACGACAACUUGACCUGCAUUUUCUUUUAAGGUUUUUCUGUUCCCAAUGUUUGCUGAUCA